AUGCAGCAAACCUCCAAAACGCGGUCCUUUGACGGAUGUAACAACUGUAAAGAUGGUAGGAUCAAAUGUGACCGGCAAAAACCUAUCUGUAACGUUUGUCGAAGAAGAGGGCUUAAUUGUGACUAUUCGCUUCGUCUCAAGUGGGUUGACAAUGAGGUCUUGGGGUCGACUUAUAACCCCAACGAAGAAUAUAAACCACCAAGAUUGAAACGUACAAAACGCAAACUAGAUGGAUCAAAAGACAACAAGGUAAAAUCCAGCGGAGAUUUACCUACAACAAGCGACUCUAAUCAGUUUGAAUUUUUCGAACACGCUUCAGAAUCUGGUAGCAGUUCUUCAGCUUCAAAACACGCGAAUGAUGAUAAAAUUGGAAAUAAUGCCUUGGGUCUGAAGCCUCAAGGCUCGCAUCGUGUCACUAAGAAAUCGGCUUCUUAUAUCAAAAAUACGCCUGCAAUACCACAAGAGUCUUCUUCUAUGAUUCUUCAAUUUCAACAAAAGCAACUUUUCAACUCAGUCACGGCUGAUCGUAGCUCUAUUGUUUCUAGCCAUGGUAUGAGUGGUAGCAGCAGCACUAGUAGCUCAUCUAGUAUUUCCAACAGCACAAUUCCUGGUUCAUAUCCAAUUACUAGUAAAAGUAUUUCGGAUAGUAUCUCAAGUGCCAAAUCGACCAAAUCUUCGUCACUUUUUAACGUCAUUGACUUUCAAUCUAGCACAGCUACAAUUCCGGUCUCAGCUGCAGUUGCUACCUCCAUUGCCCGACCAAUACGUUCAUCAACAGCUGGCCCUCCAGCUAUUAGCAACCAGCAGCAAAAUCAGCAACAACCUAUUAGUCAACCAUUAUCCUCGAGUUCACAGAUAUCUUCUCAAGUGCUGCAACCAAUUUCUCAAGAACAGCAAGUUGUUCAACAAUUUGGUACGGAUGCACAGUCACAAUCGAUACCAAUACCUCCUCAACAUUAUCAUCAACCUCACUAUCAACAGCAAUUUCAACAUCAACAUCAACUUCAAUAUCAAUCCCAUCAGCAUCAGCAUCAGCAUCAGCAUCAUUCUCAACAUCAAAAUCAAAAUCAAAAUCAAAAUAAAAAUAAAAAUCAAAAUCAAAAUCAAAAUCAAAAUCAACAUCAUUACCAGCAUUACAAUCACCAUAAUAUUCAUAACCAUCAUCAAUCACAAUAUCCUUCCUAUUCUCAGUACUCUGAACCGGCUUCUUUAUCGGACCCGGUUGCUUUCCCUGUGAGUACAACACCAAGUGUACCAGUAAGUGUGUUCCCCACAAACAACAAUACUUUCUUAUCUACAGGACCUCCACAAAACCCCCUGAUGCCAUCACUAUUACCACCAGUUACUCGACCGCAACAACAACAACAACAACAACAAGCAACCAUGCCAGGUUUUUCUGUGUCUCCAACACUUCCUCCUCCAUUGCCGGGACCUUCUUCCUCUACCGAAAUGCCGCCACCUUUACCUUUGCAAAUGUUUCAAAAUCCAUCAAACGUUUCCAAUCUUAGCCCUACAAUGUCUAGUAACAUCAGCCCCACUACCUCGGUCUCAUCUGUCAAUAGUCCAACCUAUUUUCCUAAUCCUGUUGGAAUGAUUAGUUCUGUGGGUCCAACAAGUCCUAUGAAUCGUGACAGCAACACUGAGACGCCUUUAGAUAAUCCAAUAGGCACUCCUGCAACUAAUCCUGCCACAAAUUCUACCAGUGACAUGUCGCAUCCCAACAAAGCAUAUGCCCAUUCUCGACAAGUUUACCAGACUGGAUACCCAGAAGUAUUACCGCCUUUGUUUUCGACUCCCUCAGGGCAUGGACACCAAACACCAAUUUCUGUUCAAACUAGACCUUUAUUCACCUCAAUUGCGGAUAACGGACCCACCCAAAAUACUACUACUAAUAAUAAUAAUAAUAAUAAUAAUAAUAAUGAAAAUCCCGGCAACAAUAGUAGCCACAACAAUACUCUUUCUUCAUUGACCAAAAAUCUAUAUGGUAUUGAGAUUGUUGACGAAAAUGCAACUUCUUCAUCGGAAUCACGAUAUGUGACUACCUCUCAAGCUGCAAGCAAAGCUUUUGAUCCGAAUUAUCAUUACAUUCGAUCUACUUCCCUAGUGCGGUACCCUCAGGUUAAGGCAGCAUUGGGAAUUACAUCUGAAAUCUCUAGUCAGCUGGCUGAUCCUUCAGUUAAUAACAUAUUUUAUCAUUAUCUUGAGUUUACAUGUCCCUCGUUAGAUCCCUCACAUCCGAAUAUAGACAACAAUCUUUCAAUCAAGUACUACUUGCCUAUCGCUAUAAAUUCUCCGUCAGCGUUUCACGGAUUGCUUGCCUUAUCCUGCCUUCAACUCUGUGAAGUGAAUUCGCACUAUACACAGCUUGCCUUACAACAUCGCACUCUUGCAAUCCGUCAUUUGUCACAUAUGAUUCAACAAAACCAGGCCAUCAACUCGCCCCAUGUUUUGGCUGCAAUUUUGUGUCAAAUCACCUUGGAUGUUAUGGAAGUCAAGUCUACUGAAUGGAGAAAUCACUUGAACAUCUCGCGACAAGCGGUUCACAAUCUGAUUUUCUCUGCAGUGUCUCAGAUUGGCUUGCCGUUAUGGUUUUUGGCAAUGCGCAUUGCAAAAUAUGAUACUUUUGCAUGCUUUAUUGACUUCCAUGAGCCCAUUAUCCCAUGCCGUUCUUUAGACCAGAUUUAUGAAUUUGAGGAUCAAUUGGAUGCUAUUUGGAGUGUUCCUUCUCGGUGGUCUCUCUUGUGUGCUCAUCUUGCCUUUUGGGGAAAUGUUCUGGCAACUGACGCUAAGUUUGUUAAUGGAAUAUCAACGCUUUUAAAUUCUCAAACCAGAAAUAAAACGCCUACAGAAAUCAUUGUUAUGGCACGCCAGGAAAUGACGUAUGUUUAUCAAAUGAUUACACGAGAACGCCCAUUUGUUGCAGUUACAACACAUAACUCUCGAAAGGAUAUUGUUAACAUUUGGAAGGUAGCUACCAGUCUGUUUUACGACAUGUGUUUCUCAUGGUCUAUGGGACACUUUAGUCCAACGGUUUCUGAGUAUAGCAAUAAUAAUUACUGUACUAAUGAUACCCUUAAUGACAGCACUAAUGAAAAUAAUUAUAAUAACAAUAAUAAUAAUAAUAAUAAUAAUAAUAAUAAUAACCAAAACAAUGCCAACUAUGCCAACAUAAAGCGACCUGAUCAGUUACCAUAUUUGCAGAGAGAUCUCCAGGUUCUUGUGAAUUUGCUCAGCACGUUUCCAGUUGACGAUUUUCAAGGAACUGCAUUAUCAUGGCCUCUUUUUGUGGGUGUUGUUUGUGCAUUUGACAAGAGGGACCAAGAUGUUCUUAAACAUGUCACAGAGCAAUUAUGGAAAAAUUUGCGCAUCACAACCUUUCGUUAUAUUCUUGAAACUUCGCAGCAUCUUUGGGAAGGUCAUCAUAAGGUCAAAGUGACAAACUAUGAAACUGGAGAGGUUCGAGAAGUUGAAAUGUUGGUUUCGGAGCUUAAUGCAGCAGACUAUUACAAUUUUGUUAAAAGAUAUACAAACAUUUUGUUUGCUUGA